AUGUGGCUGCUGCCUCUGCGCUGCCGCCUCCAGCUGGAAUAUGACUCAGAAGUUCAGACCUUACGUUCCGAGGGCGCAGAGGCCCUCACAGCUCAAUGCACUGCACUGCACAGCUCAGUGCCCGGCCUGCCUGGCGCUCUGCCUUUACCGCGUGCUUGCAGGGUGCUGGAUCAGGGGGAAGGCUCCACGUGUCACUCUGCAUCUGUUUGGCUCACAGAGUCUGUCUUCUUUUACCAGAAAAGCUGCCAGACUGGGGAAGUUGCAACGGCAGAGGCUGCAGUGCAGUCACGGAGCAGCAGAGAUGCUGCCGUGCAGACGGAUCAGAGCGCUGUCCCAGACGUGCAGCAAGGAGCCUGUGUGGAUGACAGCGGUGUGCUGGCAUUCCUCCGGAGAGUGGAGGAGGUCGUUAUCAAAGAGCUGAACAAGAAUGUGGCAAGUCGUGCCUUCGAUGGCUUUGAUGUGAACUGGACGGAUCAGAACAGAACAGUGUUGUGUUUGCAUACAUUGUCAUACCCAGAGGCUCAGGAUCAACACCUGCAGGUUACUGGUGUCUCAUGGAAUGCAACAGGAUCUGUUGUAGCAUGCUCGUAUGGCCGGUUGAAUGAUGGGGACUGGAGCACAGAGAAAUCCUAUGUCUGUACCUGGAAUCUGGAUAGAAGAAGGUUGGAUCCACAAUGUCCCGACCUUGUGGUGGAUGCUCCCAGUUCUGUCAUGUGCUUGGCCUUCCAUCCCUCCCAGCCUUCACUGAUAGCUGCUGGUCUGUUCAGUGGGGAAACAGUGGUGUGGGACACCAGCAAACCAGAAGACCCCUUGAUCUGGCGGACAGGGAUGACAGAUGACACUCACACUGAUCCAGUCUAUCAGGUUCACUGGCUGCCCGAUGCCAAGCAUGGAAACCACAUCGAGCUGCUGAGCGCAUCGACGGAUGGUAAGAUCCUGGUGUGGAGGGAGGAGCGAGAUGGGCGGCUGGUCGUGGCUGAAGGGUUUGCCCUGGUGGCUCAGCAGAUCCCUCGCAGCGCUCAGCUGAAGAAGCUCGCGUGGGGAGAGGCGGCUGUAGGUGUGACAUCGCUCUCUUUUUCGCACUUCAAUCCCCAUGUGUUCAUUGUUGGUGUGGAAGGCGGCUUCUCACUCAAAUGCUCCACUGCAGCAGACACUCCAGCUCCCCGCCGGACAGGAGGUUCUGUUCCCCUCAGAGCACCAGCUGAGCUCACCUUCUCCCCACACAGCGGGCCGGUGUACUCCGUCAGCUGCUCCCCCUUCCACAGGAAUCUCUUUCUGAGCUGUGGGACCGAUGGACAAGUUCACCUGAGCUCCAUGUUGCAGACACAACCCCUCAUUUCUCUUCAGUUAUCUACAAAAUACCUCUUCUGUGUUCGCUGGUCUCCCGUCCGACCUCUGGUCUUUGCAGUGGCUUCUGGGGAAGGAGAUGUGCACCUGUUUGACUUUGAGAAGAGCUCCCAGAAGCCUGCUGUUUCCAUAAAGCAGGCCGUGGAUGAAUGCCCCGUGUACUGUUUAGAAUUUAACACCAAGCAAACUCAGCUCCUGGCAGCAGGGGAUGCUGCUGGAACAGUCAAAGUCUGGCAGCUGAGUUCUGACUUCACCGAGCAGCAGCCCAGGGAAAUGAAUCACCUGGAGCAGCUGGCAAGUGAGCUCACAGACUGAGACAGCAGCACAGCAGCCAUGGGGAGCUCCUCACUGCUCUGACUCUGGGAA